UGCCCAGUCAUCUUAUGACAACUUACCACAUUAUUGAGGGACAGUAUUUAAAGAUUAACUGCACAGCUAUUGGUCCGCCAACGCCAAACAUCACGUGGGUGUAUAUCACAGAUGGUAGUGUUGAUAUCAUGAGACAAGGAUCAGGAAGUGCUGUACUGCAUAUAGAUAACAUCAAACGAUACCAUGCAGGAGUAUAUGAGUGCCAGGCUAAAAACAUCCCAAACGAGGAUCCAACCACAACAAGGACAAGUGUAACAGUCUACUAUCCACCAGAAAUCACUCAUCUUAGUAAUGAUAAGAUUAUUGAUGAAGGUAGCUUGAUUGAAUUAAAUUGCUUGGCAUCUGGAUAUCCUCUACCAAAUAUCAUUUGGUCAAAAGGAAGCUUCUUGCAAUAUGGUAGUAACUUGAGAAUUCCUAGAGCAAUAAGAAGUGAUGCUGGCAAUUUUACUUGUACAGCAAAUAAUUCUUUUGGGACUAGCGAACACCUGGUUAAGGCACAUAUUUACGUAACAGUGAGAUAUAAACCAUCCAUAGUGCAAUGGACAAAAGACCAGAUCGUCAACGAAACAGACCCUCUUCAUCUGACGUGUAAAGCAGAUGGUAAUCCAACACCAAACUUCACAUGGACCAAGUCACAAGGAUCCAUGACGCUCAACACUACAGGGAAUGAGUACCGUAUUCAUUCAGUCAAUAGAUCUGAUGCAGGGACAUACACGUGUACAGCUCAUAAUGAAAUAGGAAGUGCUGGAAAAAAAAUCAAUGUUGUAGUGCAAUACAAGCCAUCUAUAUUCAAACACCUGUCUUCCACGGAUCUUAGUUCCUGGAGUGGCAGACAGGCAAUCAUCAAGUGCACUUUUGAUGGACUACCCACACCAGUUAUCACGUGGUAUAAGCCCAAUGAUCGGCAAACUGGCGCCAAAACUAUUGCUAACAGUAGUCAAAUAAUGGUCAUAACAACAAAUGAUGCCAACUAUGGAUCAUACAAAUGCAAAGCCACAAACAUCGCUGGCAGUGCUGAACAAGCUAUCAUUGUGACUCAGUUGCGUAAACCAACAAUCCCAAAGCUGAUGGUAGUGUUGUACACCAGUAAAGACUGUCAAUACUACAGAGGAUAGAGCAAUAAUGGAAACUGGUGAGCUUAAUGAAAGAAACAGAGGAUAUUACAUGGGCGCGCGGAGAUACGAAAUUUAUCUUCGAGUGUUGAAAAGAUCUCUCACGAUUGAGCCCAGCGAACGAGUGAGAGGAAUGCAAGUAGUAUUUCCCAUAUACAGGCUUCACCAUGACCCUGAAGCCUGGCCUGAACCUGAAAAUUUUGACCCUGAGCGAUUCCGUGGCCCUGCAAAGGMAUCCAGACACCCAUUCCAGUUCUUGCCAUUUGGUGAAGGGCCUCGAAACUGUAUCGGUAAGCGAUUUGCUCAGCUGGAAGUCAAGAUCACCUUGGUAAACAUCUUGACAAAGUACAGGUUUGUGCGUUGUCCUGAGACACAGGUUCCACUCAAGAUGAUACCAGGUUUCACGCUGAUUCCGAAAGAUGGCGUCUUCUUGAGGAUUGAGUCCUGUACUAACACUUAAUCUGUACAGACARUACCCUAAUAUACACAUGUAAGAUCGCAAAGUCUGAUUUAAUGAAUGGGUAGGUUAGGUUAUAUAUUGGUUAUUUUUUCAAAACGUUUUUCGAAAACAAUGUCUCUACCGCCAAUACCAAUUUUGCAAUGUUUUUUUUUCCACUUUUAUGCCUUAACAAGAAUUUUUUGCUGCCAAAUAUAAUAAUUAAAUUGAAACAAUCUGAUUCUAGUUAAUUAGUCUAAUUAUUGUUAUAUUAAUACUUAAUAAUAUGCUAGACUA